AUGCACUGCGGCUCGACGACACUGGCCCUUUAUUUAAUCAAGAAGGCUGGCGAGAACACGCUUUGUGCAAAAGACGACGAGGGCAACACACCUCUGCACUUGGCGGUCAAGUACGAACGCUGCACAGACAAGCAGCUGAAGAUCGUGGAAGAACUGGUGGAAAGGUGUGACCGAGCAAUGGACAUACGGACCGAUGAGCCCCAUUUCCUCUCGCCGUACCGGUACCACGAACACACUCGUUCAGAAGCCCUCAAGGGACGUACCAGAGAGAAGAUAGCUGAAAGCAAGUCAGGUGGGAAGAAAGACGAAAGGAAUGCUUCUGCCGAAGAAGGUUCCGGUGGGAAAGAUGCUGGGGGUUCAAAGUCCAACAUGCCAACUGUUAUUGCUGGAAAGAGUUCCAAGAGGACGACCGGAACACGAAAGAUGGCCUCGGCGAUUGGGGAUGCCCGAGGUGAUGAUGGAAAAGGAUUUGCUUCGAAGGAGUCUGCAGCGCCGAAGGAGAUUAAGGAAAGUAAGGGAAAUAAGGAAAGUAAGGAAAGCAAGAAGAAGAAAAAGCAGCCGGCAGAGGUCACCAAAGAAAGUGCAGCAGCGAUUCUCAAUUAUUUAAAGAUUUACUGCAUGCGAACCAGAAGCCACGACCAAGUUGUUGAGUUCCUUUACCCGCCGGGUCAGCAAAAGCAGAUUUUCUUUGAUUUGUAUGGCACAAAGUCUCUCAAGGUGAUGCAUAUCAUCAUUGACGACGAAGAAUCACCAGCACAUAGUAAUAAGGCGAUAGAGAAGGCGCUAAGCGGCUUAAAGGUCGAGAUCUGGGACUGGCGAAAGAUUGACCUGUGCAGUGAGACAAUUGUCGUUGCAGCCCCGGACACCACCGAAGUCUCCCUUUACUGGUCAGGGAACAAUGCAGUACUGCUCGGAUGGAGUUCUCCUGACGGAUUGCCGCAACUGAAAAAGUUGAAGAAGGUGCACUUACAUGUUAAGCAGGUAACUAUAUUCCUUAGCCAUCUUUUCGAUUCUUCCUCUGCGGAGGUGAAAAGUACAGUAGGAACUGAUCCAUUACUUCAAUGGCAGGGUCUGGAAACCAGAAAACGCAACGAGAAGAAAAUUUGCCAGUUUGAGAAUCGACUCAAGGUAUUCUUUAAGGAAAUCGAGGUCAGGGUUUCCUAUAACCACCAACCCAAGGAACAUGCGCCCACAGCGGUCUCUGUUGAUGUUUACCAAAAGGAAUAUGAGCACCGACACAGAUGGCUCACGUGUAUGGAUGAAUUUGCGGAGUUCAUUCAAAACAUCCCGGUUUCGGCAACGCAUCAUGAGCCGGUGACGGUAGCGUUAAUCGACGAUGGGGUUGACAUUAUCGAGCCGUCCAUUCGUGAUAAGAUUGUCGAUGGUGCAAGUUAUUGCCUAAGAGAGGAAGAUCAGAUUCAGCCUAAACAGACUAUGCGAAAACCGUACUAUAUCUCUGAAGACGUCUGGGAAAGAGAAAUUAGGAUAUUCUAA